AGAAAUACGCAGUGCCGAAAACGGGACUUUUAUCUGUGCUGGCACGCUAAUUAACAAACGAUUUGUUCUGACAUCUGCCAGUUGCAUAGAAAACCAAACUGACAUCUUUGUACGUUUGGGAGAGUUCAACGAAACGUUUAACAAGAACAGUAAUUUAAGUAGCAGAUAUGAAGAAAAACAAGUAGCUAUGGCGUUCAUCCACAAGUUAUAUUCGGGAAACAGCAGCCUGCAUAACGUCGGACUACUCAGAUUAGACCCGGACGUCGUAUAUAAGCAGAACAUACAACCGAUAUGCAUCGAGGUAACUCCGGAAAAAGAACACAAGGAAUCUUCUUUCAAGAUUAGAAAAAUUAAGCCCGAAAGAAGCAAUUGGGAGAGAUUCAUUUGCUUUUUUCGUACCUUUUGCUAUCCUUGCCCCAGUCUAGUAACCAAUGUACCCAUUGAGAGCGAAGGAAGCCCCAAAAGCAUUCUUACUUCUUCAAAAGUUUCUCUUCAAACCGGAAUCCUGAGCUGGCGUAAUAACCAAACAAAUGAAAUAAUUUAUACAGAUGUUAUGGCCUACGCCGGUUGGAUAUUACAAAUUGCGAUGGAUGUUGAAAUAUCAUCACCGAUAAGGGGGAAAGACUACCCAAUUUCUUGGCAAGUUGCGCGAUUAAGAAGGAACCAUAACUUCCAGCUUGAGAUGAGCACAUGA